CCAACAUUCAAGGUAUCUGGAUGCCGUAUGUGACGAGUGUGAUGAGGACUUGGUGCGGAAGGAAUACGGAGCUUGGCAGAAAAAGGAAAUCAGUUCAGAGGUUAUAUGACGCAUAGCUUGCUGCUGUUACUGUCAUGUAUAAUUUUAUUCGUUCUAGGUGCACCGACCUUGGCUCCGUCUGCUUCGGGUGGUAAUGUUAGCGCUACGGUAGCUGGUAAGGUCACAAUCUCAAUUAUUCAUCAACUGCUGCAAUCUUCUGCUUCCGCCAGUACCUCAGGCGCGUCCACAACCGGUGUUAUCGCUGUUCCGCUCUCUAGCUGUUCAUUCACUCCCUAUCCUACGCCUACUCUCAGCCCUCUCCCCCCAGUUUACCCUGCAACUGAUCCUCUUACAAUAGCAUUGAUCCACAAAUCGUGCCCGAUUUUGCGCCUGUGUGGGCUACUACCUACCAAAAAGCCAAGAACCUUGUAAGUGCAUACAUUUUAAUCAUCGAUUCUGUUGAUUGUCUUUGCUGACCAAGAGGAUUUGAUCGCUGCUUGGGAGAACGGGAAGGCUUCACCCAUCGCUGAAGGGUCUUCAGUCUCCAAGAGCCUGCGUUCCAGGCAACUUUCAAGGUCACGAAUACUGGACCUGUAUCUGGAAUGGAGAUUCCUCGGUACAUUCACUUCCCGUCUUCCGCUAGCAAGCCUCCAUCAGUCCUAAAGGGCUUCACAAACGUCGAAAUCUC